AUAUAUAGAAUGAGAACUGCUCGAAGGUAGCGAUGUUGGCGGUGCAGCUAUUGUCUCGGCUUCGCGCCGUGUCCGACCAGGUUCGAUUGUGCCAAGCUGUCAUUUGCCAAAGCGUUCGCUUUCCAUCCUCACCGACACCCCCGCUAGUGUCACAGCACCGCCCCCUGUCCGCUGACGUCCCUCUAUAUGCCAAGCAACAAAACCACAUCAAGAGGAAGAGGGAUUUCAGUGAGAAGAAGCUGACUCGUUACUUUGUCGAUCACCGUAAAGUUAAAGUAGCGGGAGGAGCUGGUGGAGACGGGGCCUGCUGUUUUCACAGUGAGCCCAGGAAGGAGUUCGGAGGACCAGAUGGAGGCGAUGGAGGAAAUGGAGGACAUGUGAUAAUAAAAGUGGAUUCCUGUGUGAAGUCUUUAGCCUCCAUUGUUCCUUUAUACCGCGGUAUUAGCGGAAAGCCAGGGCGCAGCAAAAACUGCUACGGAAGAGGAGGAGAAAAUGUUGUUAUCAAGGUUCCCAUCGGGACUCUUGUGAAGGAAGAUAGCGUGGUCCUUGCGGAUCUCUCCAUCCCAGGCGAGGAGUUUGUAGCCGCUCACGGUGGGAUUGGUGGAAAAGGAAACAGAUUCUUCCUCAGCAAUGAGAACCGAGCUCCAGUGUUGGCAACACCCGGGGAACCUGGGCAAGAGAGGUCACUCCACCUGGAACUGAAGACCAUGGCACAUGCUGGCAUGGUCGGUUUUCCUAAUGCUGGAAAGUCAUCUCUGUUACGCCUUCUUUCCAACGCCCGACCAGCCGUGGCGGCAUACCCGUUCACCACCCUCAACCCCCAUGUUGGAGUCAUCAAUUACCAAGAUUAUGAACAGAUAGCAGUGGCGGACAUCCCCGGGAUCAUAGAAGGAGCUCACCAGAACCGGGGUUUGGGCCUGUCCUUCCUUCGGCACAUUGAGAGGUGCCGCAUUCUUCUCUACGUGUUGGACUUGGCGCACCCUGAGCCAUGGACCCAAAUGCGCUCCCUGCAGUACGAGCUGAGCCAGUUUGAUGAAAACCUCACCCAGCGACCUCACAUCAUCGUGGCCAAUAAAAUAGACCUCCCCGAUGCCAGGAAGACGCUAGCCAGUCUACAGCGGGAAGUGGACGGUACAAUCAUUGCCGUGUCCGCUCUGACCGGGGAGAACGCCGAAGAACUGAUCCUCUAUAUCCGAGAGUUGUACGAUGGACAAAGAACUGGGACAAAGAAACCUGAGACGUAUUCUGGCUGGUAGUAGAAUGACAACCAGUGACAGCUGC